AUGAAUAUUUGUAAUCAAUUGUUUAUCAUUAAUGCUUUAGUGAUUCCUACGUUUGCACGUACGUUUUACGAGGGAUCCAAGUCUUUUGCAUCCGAAGACGGUGUAUUCAUUGUGACAGAUGCCAAUUACGACGAUUUUAUCGCAGCACAUCCUGUGGCGAUGAUUGAAUUUUAUGCUCCAUGGUGUGGAUAUUGUAAACAGUUGGCACCUGAAUAUGCAAGGGCUGCAUCGAUGCUCAAGGAACAAAACAUACCUGCGGUGUUGGGUAAACUUGAUUCCACUGUCAACCAGAAAACAUCAACUAUAAACCAAGUAGACGCAUAUCCAACACUAAAACUCUUCAAAAAUGGCACCGUAUUAUCAUACCCAGGCGAUAGAACUGCUAAAAAAAUAGUCGAUUGGAUCCAAGAAAUGCUGCUCCCAUCGACUACUGAAAUAGAUGAAAACCAAACAAAUUAUAAUGGUAAAAUUGCAUAUGUACUGGAGUAUACCAGCAUGGAGGAAGAAAUAUUUAAAUUGUUUGUUACAGUUGCUGAUAAGCAUAGACCUUUGGGCAAGUUUUACACUAAGCGCGCUGAUAAAAAUUCUUUGACUGUGUACAGGGAUGGUGAAGAUCCUAUAAUAUUUAAUGAUAAGGUGGAGGAAAUUGAAAAAUUCAUAAUGGACGAGUCCUUCCCUCUCUUCGGGCAAAUAACCAGUGAUAACUACAUGCAGUAUGUGGAGAGCAAGAAGAAUCUUUCCUGGUUCUGUGGUACUUCAGCUCAUUUUGAAGAAUAUAAGGGUGUUAUGAUCCAAGUGGCCAAGCACCAACGUAAAGAUACUUUGAUGAUUUGGCUAGACACAGAUGAAUUUCCUUCGGUUCCGCAGGCAUUCCUAUUGGAUUCUAUCCCUGGCAUAGCCCAUUUGAAUGCAAAUGGGAGAUACCUAUUGCAAAAUGACAAAAACCAACUCAACAGCGUGGAAACAAUAAAUCAAUUUUAUAUUGAUGUGGCUGAGGGGAAGAUCAAGAAGUCAGUAAAGUCAGAACCGAUACCAGAAGAAAAUAACAACCCAGUAAAAAUAGUUGUUGGGUCUACUUUGGAGGAUUUUAUAUUCCAGAGCGAUAAGGAUGUAAUGCUGGUUAUAUAUUCACCCAGAUGUGCCUACUGCAAAAAGAUGGAACCAGAAUACGAGAAGUUUGCUGAAAAGGUAAAAUUGGAGCCUCACGUGCAAAUUGGCAAAUUUAACAGUGAUGUCAACGAAUCGCCUAUUCCAGAAGUUACCUGGGAGGGAUUGCCAACUAUCAUAUUCACCAAUGCUGGCGUUAGAAAUGUGGAAGUUUAUGAGGGUGAAAGAACGGCUGAAGAGUUUUACAAGUUUCUAUCCCAAAGGGUCACUAUACCGCUCUCUAACAGCGAUAAGCAAGAAGAACUCUAA